CGGCGUGAAGGCGGCGGGUUGCUGUGUCGGCGGCGGUGCAGGCGCGGGGAGAAGCGGGCUGCGGAGGUGAAGAUGGCGGAUGGAGACAGCGGGAGCGAGCGCGGCGGCGGUGGAAGCAGUGGCGGAGGGGGAGGAGGAAGCGGCGGGGGCUUCCCGCACCUCCAGCGGGAGCAGGAGACCCAGGAGCUGGCGUCCAAGCGGCUGGACAUCCAGAAUAAGCGCUUCUACCUGGACGUGAAGCAGAACUCGAAGGGCCGGUUCAUUAAGAUCGCGGAGGUCGGAGCCGGGGGCUCCAAGAGCCGUCUGACCCUCUCCAUGUCGGUGGCGGCCGAGUUCCGCGACUACCUCGGCGACUUCAUCGAGCACUACGCCCAGUUGGGGCCCAGCAGCCCGGAGCAGAUCGCUCAGUCCUCCGGCGGCGGGGAGGACAGCGGGCCGCGGCGGGCGCUGAAGAGCGAGUUCCUGGUGCGGGAGAACCGCAAGUACUACCUCGACCUGAAGGAGAACCAGCGGGGGCGGUUCCUGCGGAUCCGGCAGACCGUCAAUCGAGGCCCCGGCUUCGGCGUGGCAGGCCCGGGCGGCGGCAUGCAGGCCGGCCAGACGAUCGCGCUGCCCGCGCAGGGCCUGAUCGAGUUCCGCGACGCCCUGGCCAAGCUGAUCGACGACUACGGCGGGGAGGACGAGGAGCUGAGCGGCGGGGGAGGAGGGGGCCCGGGGGCGGGCGGCUACGGCGAGCUCCCCGAGGGCACCUCCAUCAUGGUGGACUCCAAGCGGUUCUUCUUCGACGUGGGGGCGAACAAGUACGGCGUGUUCCUGCGGGUGAGCGAGGUGAAGCCCAGCUACAGGAACUCCAUCACCAUCCCCUUCAAAGCCUGGAGCAAGUUCGGCGGAGCCUUCUGCCGCUACGCCGAGGAGAUGAAGGAGAUCCAGGAGAGGCAGCGGGACAAGAUGUACGAGCGGAGAGAGGAGUCGGAGGGCGAGGACGUGGACGACGACUGAUCGUGGUCCUGGUGGCCUGGUCCUGGGUGUGGGUCUGGGUCUGAUCCUGGGCCUGGGCCUGGUCCUGCUACCGGCUUGGAUGAGGUUCUUCUGCUCCUAAAAGUUGUUGUUUAUGAGAUUGCAGGACUUAAAAAAACAAAGUGCAUGACUUGAUGAUGAUGAUGAUGAUGAUGAUGAUGAACUUGGUGAUGAAUCGGAUUCGAGACGAUAGAUAGCCUACUAAAAAUAUUGUGGAGUGAUGUUCAUUUGACAGAAAAUACUAGAUUAUAAGGUCUGUGAAGUGUGUGGUGGUGGUGAUGAUGAUGGAGAAGGAGAUGAAGAUGAUGGAGAUUUGGUUUGGAGAGAAAAACCCGUCUAUAAAGCCAUGACCUCUCAUUGAGAGGGCGAGUGGUGGUCCAUUUGUUUGUUCCAUUGAGGUGUGAGUACUGAGUACUGAUUACUGAGUACUCAGUACUGAUGAUUACUGAUUACCGAAGGCCACCCUCAUCCUAAACCAGCAAGUUCAGCUGUCUGCGGAGAAAAAGAACAUCUACUUAAAUCUCUAAAACUGCAAAACACUAAAGCUGCUGAAUCCGGGACGGACAGAACACCGGAACCUGACCCGAGGCUGACCCGAACCCGAGAGGAUGUUCAGCACAUUGUGAAGAGUAUAGUCUCAGUAUAGUCUCAGUUUAGUGAGGCAUAGGCCUGGUCUCUCAGUCUUGGUUCUGGUUUCUCAGUCUUGGUGCUGAAGUCACAUUUUAGUGAUUUUCCUGCGUUAAAACACCAACUGUAACAAAAAGGGCUGAGUAUUUGCAAAAACGUAAGAACGUAAGUGUUUGCAGGAGUUACAAUUCAAAAUAAUGCAAAAACGUAUCUGUAAUAUAAGGCGAUAUAUUGUGAUUAUUGCAAAAUCUCUAUUGGCAAGAACCUAAGAUCUUAUAAUCAUAAUACAGGAUACAGAACUUAGAGAUUUAAUAGAAGCUUUCUUUUUUUUUUAUCCAGUCAAAACAGUGGAAUCGACGAUAGAUGAACCACUUCUGACACCAAUCUUCUCUAAUCUAAACUAAUAGUAAUUAAAUUAAAAUGAAACCUAUUUAAGCUUACCAAUUACCAAUACCCCCACUUUAACCCCACCUUCCAUAAUGAUCUGAUUGUUUGGAUCAGGAAUGUUGGGAGCAGGGAAACACUGAGCACUAAGGCAUGCAGGGUAGUGAACCUCCAGAACCAGGGCUGAGAAAUCCAGGCCUAGAACUCAACAGAGCCUCGACCAUGAAUCAGCCUCAGCAGCGGCUCGGUUUUGGCUAGGACUGUAUGUAAUAAUGUAAAAAUGAGUAACGUCGGUCAGAGUGGUCAGAACAGACCUGAGGAAACUAGUUAUCUAACAGUGCUGUCACUCUCUCAAACCUGCUCGUCAUACCUGCUGUUCUCAGGAGCUGCACAGGCUCUGGCAUUUCUUAGUUUUUUAUUAUAAGGGCGCAACUCUACCUGAUAAGCCAUAGAAACAUUAGAAACGCCCAUCACCAUAAAUAAAUCUCAGAUCACACAUUAAAUCACGUUAAACUGAAGUCUGAGGGAUUGGCGAUCUUCAGACGAUCUUUAAAACAGACAGGAGAUCUUCUUAUAUUUUCAUCUCAGAUCAUGAAGGCUAAUCCUGCAGACUUUAAACCAUUUUUUAUUUUAAAUUUUAUUUCAGAAUUCAUCUAAUGCAUCUAAACUCACUUCUAAACUCUAUAAACUGAGAGCAGAAAACCAGAGCUUCGUCUUCUUCUGUGGCGAGACGUUUUAGACUAAACUCACACCAACAAUACGAGCCAUUCAAAAUCAAAAAUCAAAAUCUCUGGUUGUAUUCAUUUAGAAUUACAUUAGAGAUCUAAAACUGCACAUAUCCUAAAUGAACCCGUUACUACUAGUCUGAACGAAAUAUAUUUAGAGAUAUAUUAGAGAAUUAUAAUUUGUACUAGUCAGAGUUUAUUUUAUUUAUGGAUAUAUGGAACUGGAGUUUAUACUAAUUUAAGAAUUUCAAUAGAGACAUGCUAUUAUACUUAUUCUACUAGACAUUUAAAAUAAAGUAAUUAUAAAUAUUUGUAACUGUAUUUCUUACUCUUAGACUACUCAGAAUUACAAUGUGGAUAUGUAAUUAUAAUUUCUACCAAUAAUAGUAAAGUAAUUAUAAAUAUAUUUUACUGUAGUUCUUAUUUGUAUAAAUGUAAUUAUUGAUAAGAAAAUCAAUGGGAACCUGUGAUCAGUCAGAUUUACAGUGAGGAUAUGUGGUGCUGGUCAUGUGACUAGUCUGAAUGCAUUUAUAGAUCUGUUGAUUAAAAUGUAUAAACUCCAGUGCAGAGAUCUGUAAUUUAAGCUUUUCUGGUAAAAACAAAAAAAAACACAUUUUAUAGUUUAGGAUUGGUGUUAUUGGUGUGAUUUUUUUUUAUUCUAAAAUUUUUCGCCUUAUUUUUCUUCCAGCUUGGGUCCAAAUCUCAGUGACAACAUUAGAAAGAAUAGUUAGUUUCCUCUCUCUGGAUCAGUCGGAGAACCUGAGGCAGUGCAAUGAAACCACACUCCCUUUUUUAUUUAAAGAAAAGAAAAAUGCAGAGAUGAAUGUUUUCCUUUUCUUCCCUUCUUUUCUCUUUUCUCUUUUUUGUUUGCUUGUUUAGAAGAAUUAUGAAUUAUAAAGAUUACAGAUUAUUCUUUAUGACAGAAGUACUGAACAAACCAGCAUAUUUUUAAUACAUAAAAUAGAACUUAUAUGUGUAUUACAGAAUUAUUAAAGCCUGAGAGGCGAAUUUUAUAAAAAAGAAAAAAGUGAGAUGGGAUUUGAAGACUGUCCAGUGUAUUUGUUUGUUUUCCCAAAAAGUGUUUAGUAAGAGAAUAGCAUCUAUAUAAAAGCGUUAUAAUGAUAAUAAUGAUGAUGAUGAUGAUGUAUCUUGACAGUUUAUUAUUUUAAUUAUUUCAGAUUAUUGAUCCUCAUCCCAUCUCCUGCACUGCGUAGAAAUAUAUGUUUACAUUAUACUCAUUCUCUAUUAUUUGCUCCUUUUUUGGGUCUAAAUUACUUAAAUUGCUCCUCUUAAAGGGAUAGUUUAUCUAGGCAGAGCUAACAAGGCUAAUGCUAAUUGAAAAAGAAAAUAAAUAUAUGAAUAAAUAAAUAAAUAAAUGUAUAUUGUAGCUGAUUAGUAUGAUGUCAUGCUGAACAGCAUAUCAUAUAUUUUCUUUGUUAUUUAGGCCAAUACGAUUGACCUUUCCCUUUAGUUUAAUAUCAUUUAAUUUGAUGUUAUAAGAAAUGAUAGCGCUCACAUAUAUCAAGUGGUCCUUUAUUAUGAAUUUAUCAAUUUAUGAAUUCUAUAUUGUGCAUGCCUGUCCCCACAUUGCCUUUUAUUUAAUUUAUUAAUUAUAUAAGCUUAGUGUUUUGUGAUUGUUUAUUUGUUUUUACCCUCCAGAACAUAAAUAUUAACGGGCAAGCAAAGCAAAACACCAGGUCAUUUAUUUAACCCCUUCAGGGCUGGGCUGAUACGGCAAAAAUAUUAUAUCAUGAUCUCUAUCUUUUUAUUUAUUUUCAUUUCUUUCUGGAAACAGUAGACAAAAUUGACCAGUAGCUUCAGACUUUGAAAAACUAUAUUAAAACAAUUCAAAUAUAUUCACAUAUUAUAGGGCUUUAGUAAUUUAAUUUGAUUUAUAUUCUAAAUGUGCUGCAUUUCAUCAGUACUGAUGAACACUGUUAUAAAACCUGCACAAUAUUGGAAAUAAACUGUUAUACAUUUAUUGUAAUUAAAAAUACUGUAAUUUCACCAUAACUGAAAAUUAUGUAGUGAAUUUGACAUAUAUAGUCUGCCUCUAUUAGAUAUGUUUAUAACUGUUUAAAUUAGUAAUUAUAUAUAUAAAUUUAUAUAGUGCAGCUCUAAUGUGUGCUACGAUUAAAUUGAUCACGAUAUGAUGAGACGUUGUGGUAUUGCCCGGCCCUCCACAUUUAGCAGAUGUUUUGUUUGAAACUCGUCAUGUAUAUCGUUUUAUUUCUUUUCCUUAUGAUGAAUGUGAGUUAUCUGAGUUACCCAAGUAUACCGUUGGUUUUUGGCCGUGGAAAGUAAAGGUGUGUUAUGAUGA